AUAGACCCAUCGUCAAUAGGAACUCGUCUAUCGUAUAUAAACCUGAAAAACAUCAGAACUACGCUUUACCUCACUCGAAAGGUUAAUAACUGAUGGCGCCAAUUGACUUGUUUGAGGAUGUGGAGGAAGAAAAACAAUGUCGCUCUGGUGAAAGGCAGCAAUCCAACAGAAAGAAUGACUCGGAUGCUUUCCACUACAACGAGGCAUACGCUCAAAAAUUCGAACGCCAAAAACGGGGCGAAGAAUUAAUGAAACUGAAAGAUAAAUACGGUUCUGAUUACGAGCCGUCGGAGAGCGAGGAGGACUUUUCUUCUGAAGAUUCGGAUGCAGAAUUCAUCACACCAGAGGUCGAUGUGGCGAUCUUGAAAACACUUGCUCGUAUCAAGAAAGAAGAUCCCAAGUUAUACGAGCAGGAUGGAAACGUCUUUGAAGAGGAAGAAGCUCAGAACGCGGCCGCCCGAGCUCAGAAGCUCAAGCGUGACAAAACCGAAUCGACAAAUCGAAAAAAACCUAUGAAUUUGAGAGACUAUCAUCGCAAAGCACUUCUAACUAACGAAGGACGGGAGUUCGAUGAAGAUGAACCGUUGCCUGAAAAUUACGAACCUACACCAGCAGAAGAAGCCGAAGCCUUGAGGGACGAAACUAAGCGAGCUUUUCAUAGUCUAGUUGAUGAUGACAACCAUGAUGACAAUGAAUCUACUAAAAGUUCAGACGGUAUACAGGACAUGCUUGUGCUCAGAGACAAAGAAGUUGAAGAAAUUGAAGAGGAAGAUCAAGAAUAUCAACGGUUUUUAAUCGAGCAAGUUGGUAACGAUGACAUUCAAACGGCUCUCCAAUUAAACUUUGGGACUAGCAACGAUGCUUCCGAGCAAACCGAAGAAAAACGAAAAGUACGACACGAUGAUGAUGAAUUUUUGCGAGCCUACGUCCUAGGCCGUGGAUGGAUCGAUAAGGAAGCCAAGAAAAUUCCGAAAUACAAAGAGCUAGUCGAAGCUGGUGGCCAGUCCAAGCAAGCCAAGUCUAAUCUAUCGGGAAGCAAUGCUAACGUCUUGGGCAAAACUGCGAUCUGUGAUGAAUAUGACGAGGAAGAUGAAGAGUUUGUCGAAAAAGCGGAAGAGUUCGAGACAAAUUACAACUUUCGAUUCGAAGAUCCCAAUCCUACAGUCACGACACAUGCUCGAGACACAGGUCCUUCGGCUAGACGUAAAGAUGAUAGCCGAAAACUUGGGCGAGACGCGGUGAAAGCUAGGAAAGAUGAAGAAAAGCGACAGCGUAUGGAAGAACUCGAACGAAUGAAAGCACUCAAAAAGGAUGAGGUGUUGAAGAAACUUGAGAUUAUCCGAAAAAACGCUGGCGCUGAGGAUUGUAACCUCGACGACAUAGAUUUGGAUAGUGACUUCGACCCUGAAAGUCAUGAUCGCCGAAUGCAACAGGUGUUCGAUAACGAUUUUUAUGGCAAAACUGACCCGGACGGAAAACCAGUCUGGGACGAUGAUAUUGAAAUCGACGACAUCCUUCCAGACGCAGCUCCCGUGCAAGAAGAAAUCAACUUUGAACCCGGUGGUGACGCCUAUGAUCCCUUGGCACCUGGGGGGAAAAAGCUAUCCAAGAAGAUGAAACGGUUGGCAAAAGCUGAGAAGAAACGUGGUGUUGUCCAAAAUAUGGAGCCAGAGAAAGAAGAAGAAGGCCCCGACCACACCGAGGAAGUUGAUGACCUGGAAGGACUUUCUCCCGAGGAGCGCAAGAGAAAGUUGCUGGAAGCCUUGGAUGAGUAUCAUAAGUUAGAUUGCGAGGACAUGAUUGGAGACAUGCCGACCAGGUUCCACUACACUAAGACGGAGGCUACGGAUUGGAUGACACCCGAACAAAUCCUUAUGGCGACAGACGCCGAACUGAAUCAAGUGAUUGGAUUAAAGAAAUUGGCACCCUAUCGAUCCACAGACAGCGAUCGAAAAUUAGCUACCAGGAAAAAGAAACUUAAAGAACUACGCAAAAAGCUCAAGACAAGGAAAUGGGGUGAAGCCCAUAGUAACAAUGAUAAUCCGCAAGCGUCCACUUCUCAACCUGUCACGCAUGAUCAAAACGAAUCUCAACAACCUCCUACUAAGAAGCGUAAGGGCAAAAAAGAGAGACAGAAACUCAAGGAAGAACAAACCGCUUCAAACCAAGUCGCCGAUUCUUAGAAACCCUCUCAACUCGCUUUAGUGUUUCUCAUCACAUUGAAGAGCCAGAUUUUUCUUUUGAAGACGAAGUUUUGCAUGCUUAGGUCUGGAGAAAUUUGAAAAUAUGGAUCUCAUUGUUUUUCUUCUUGGCUCCAGUCUAUGUAAAAUUACAGAAUGAUUAUGACCUCAUCUCAAAUUUAGACAGACCAUUCAAUCGUCAUAUAAUUUUUGCAUUACUUCUAUUUUUUUUAUCUACGACUGAUUGAUGUGUUCUGCGGAAGGCUACCCAUUACUCUAUUUAUUAUAAAUCAUACCAGUGAGACAAUUAAUGCAAUAUGCAUAACAAGUGAAUAUUUUUUCAUCUUCCUACCUAGAAUUUGUACGUUUAUUAAAGCAACCACUUGAGACUGAGUGCUGCCCAAAAACGGGUAUUAUGGAAGCUACCCAGCCUUCUUGUCAACGUAGCCUUGCGAUGGUGUUGC